AUGGGUCUUCACUUCAAAGGAACUCAUCUAUUUUUUAUAUCUUCAGCUGGACAGCCCGAAUUUUUGGAUUGCGCCUACUGUGGCGCCACCUUCUUCAGCGCCUGGGAGCUGGUUUUUCACUGUCAUAUUGAACAUAAUUUUACCAUCUUUGCCCUACCCACCCAAUCAUGCUCCUCGGAAUCUUCGGCGCCAGAAAGUUCCUUAUUUGCUCAAGAAGUUGUUUCUUGUGCUAAUCAAGAUGGAGUAUUGAAAAGCCAUGAUAAUAACUCCAAUCCUCAGGAGGAAGAAGAGAACGAUGAGUUGGGGUGGCGAUUUGAUAGUUUGAACUGCGAACUUGAGCCAUGUGAACUCUUAGCUAGGGAGAAAACGAUUAUAGCUGCAAAUCCCCCAGAAGCUAAGAGUUGUCUUAAUGCUACGUCUGUGGAUUUUUUCCCUAAGGAGUCUCGAAGACUUAGUCGGGAACCUUCAGACUCCCUAAAGCAUGUUACAGAGGCCCCGGAGUUUCCAGAUUUUCAGGACCAGAUCACCCCAGCCUCACUGCUCUCGAGCACCAAGAAGGAGCAGUUGAGUAUAUUGACAGAAGACUGCCUUGGAGGGAGGCCUCUCAGCGUCCUUUCGCCAGGUUUUUCGUCGCCAACUGUUUCAUUAUCUCGAUCUAACGGAGUUGAGGGUUCAGACACAGCUAAAACCGUCCACGACACACUGCUUCUUUCCGAGGCUGAUGAUAACACUAUAGUAUGA